AAUUAAUUUGCUUGCAUGAUAUGUGUGUGUAUUUAUAUCCACUUUCUGCAACCUCUUUCUUUCAACACACACCUAUCUAUCCAUUCCUCUAUACUCUGCAGUUUGAAUGAUAAUCAUGAUGAAGCCAACUCUUCACUAUGGACUUUUUCUCCUUUUCUUUUUCCUUUUCUUUCAAGUUUUCUCAUCAAAGCUAGAGGCUCGUCCACUUAUCACUCAUCAAGGGGAAAACAGAAUAUUGGAUGGAUCCUCUGGGGAAAGCUUUGUUUUUCAGGAAGGUGGUGAAUCCUCCAAGCAGCUGCUGGGGGUGGAGGAAUGCAAUAGUGGAGAUGAAGAAUGCUUGAUGAGAAGAAUGACUUUAGAAGCUCACAUAGAUUACAUCUACACCCAGCACCACAAGCCUUGAUUAUCUCAGAUCUUCAAUGACUACUAUCUUCCAUAUAUGGCUUAGAUGUGUUAAAAUAGGAUAUUUGUAUCUACUAUUUGCUUUGUUAUCACUACCAUACUUGGGGCUUUGCACUAAGCUUAUUAUUAAAGUGGUAUAUGUGUCAUAACAAAUGCAACUGAUGCUGAACAUGUAUAGAAGAAACCAUGACUAUUAUUACUUUAUUAGGUAUAUAAUGUUAUGUAACAUGUGAUGACUAAUAAUUAGUUCAUCCAAUAUGGGCUCCUUUAAUGAUUUUGAAGUUUGAUAUUUGGAGUUUGGAGUGAAGAAAAUUAUUAACAAGUAUAUGAAUAAUCAAUAUAUGUAUUUAUAGGUUUUAUUUUUAUUUU